AUGGCUUUGAGGAGAAGCUUACGUGGGAAGGCUGUCGAUGAUGGAACGGCGGAGGCGUCGUUGGAGACGAUGGCGGAGGCGGCUUUGGAGACGACGGCGGAGAAAAUCUCGGAUUUACUCCCGCCACGUUUAUUUGCGACGGACCGCUUUCCUAGCGGCCGUGUUAACGUGUACUCUUCGUUGGAUUAUUUGCUGAGG